CAAAUAAUCCCAUAUUGUUAGGCUUAGAAAUAGUUGGCUGAGAGAUAACUCCAAGGAAAUAUUUUCAUAUGAUCAAUCUCUAUCUCUCUUUAUCUCAACAACACUUACAUACAUACAUGGUGUAAAAGCAACAGAGUACUACUAUUUGGGACCAACUAGAGAAUGAAAUCAUGAUGUUUAGAAUUACAACAAGAAAAAGAUGGAGAAUUAAGAGGAAGAAGAAGCAAAAACUAGUGGUUAACAAUUUAUCAUCAUAUAGUUGUAUUCAUUCACAUAUCACACUCACAUGUUCUAGUACUCCUUCCAUUCUGUAAAGUUCUAGUUGACUCUAUCCAUUGUGGUCCUUCUCCAUUUUCUUGCCUUAUCAAUCAGUCAACUUUUUUUAGCCAAAUUAUUUUCUCUGUUUUCACAUCCCUUUUGUAUCCUCUAAAUUAUUUUUCUUACUUUGUUUUAAGUAUUAUAGAUAAACCCCAUUUCUUGAUUUUCAGAAUCUUGAUCUUUGGUCUUUUUGCAUGUCUUGAGUGGCAUUAUUUUUGGUCAUUAAGGUUAAAACAAUUCAAGAUUUUCAUAUAAUAGCUAAACCCCAUUUCUUGAUUUGUAGAUCAUUUACAUGUCUUGAGUGGCAUAUUUUUCUGGUCAUUAAGGUUAAAACAAUUCUAGAUUUCAUAUUAUAGCUAAACCCCAUUUCUUGAUUUGUAGUAUAUUGAUGAUUUGCAUGUCUUGAGUGGCGUGUUUUUCUGUUCAUUAAGGUUAAAACAAUUCUAGAUUUCAUGUUUACUUUUGCUUCUUAAAUUUGGGUUGGCAGUUAUGGGCCCUGGAAUCUCAAAACUUGCUUAAUGGUAUCUGUUUCUUGGUCUGCCAUUAGCUCUGCUACAUCUUUUGGGGCAUUGCCAUACUCAGAAGGUUCCAAGUUUUCAUACCUAAAAAAUAUUGACAUGACUUUAGUGUAAACUAAAAAGCAUGUCAUUUAUUCCCUUCUAUCCUUGGAAAUGGCAAGUUAUAGUAACUCUGCAAUCCAACAGCAUUUGUUUUUUGUGCUGUUGAUUCUUCUUUUCUUUGCUGGAUUUGGUGAAUCUUUAAAUGAGGAGGGACUUAUUCUUUUGGAGUUCAAAAAGUCCCUUAAUGACCCUGAUAACAAUCUUGAAAGUUGGAAUUCUUCAAACUUGAGUCCUUGCAAAUGGGAUGGUGUUAAGUGUAGCACAAAUGAUCAGGUGAUUUCUCUCAAUAUCGAUGCUCGUAACUUGUCUGGUAGUUUAUCUUCAAGAAUUUGUGAACUUCCUUACUUGACAGUAUUGAAUGUGUCAUCAAAUUUCAUUUCUGGUCAAAUUCCUGACGAUUUUACGCGAUGUCAUAGCUUGGAGAAAUUGAACCUUUGCACCAAUAGGUUCCAUGGGGAGUUUCCUGUCCAACUACGCAAUGUUACCUCACUUAGACAGCUUUAUUUAUGUGAGAAUUACAUUUAUGGUGAAAUCCCUCAGGACAUUGGAAAUUUGUCACUUCUUGAGGAGCUUGUUAUUUAUAGUAACAAUCUUACUGGAAAGAUACCUGUUUCAAUAGGUAAAUUGAAAAGGCUUAGGAUCAUCAGGGCCGGGCGAAAUUAUCUGUCUGGCCCUAUUCCUGCUGAAAUUAGUGAAUGUGAAAGUUUACAAGUACUUGGUGUAGCAGAAAAUAGGCUAGAAGGGUCUUUUCCAGUAGAGCUUCAAAGGCUUAAGAACCUUACAAACUUAAUUCUUUGGGCCAACUUUUUCUCUGGUGCAAUACCUCCUGAGGUUGGAAACUUCAGUAAGUUGGAAUUACUUGCUUUGCAUGAAAAUUCAUUCAGUGGACAAAUUCCUAAAGAGAUUGGAAAUUUAACUAAUUUGAGAAGGUUGUACAUUUACACAAAUCAGUUGAAUGGAACAAUUCCAUGGCAAAUGGGAAAUUGUUUGAGUGCAGUUGAGAUUGAUUUAUCCGAAAAUCAGUUGAGAGGAUACAUUCCAAAAAGUUUGGGGCUACUUUCUAACCUGCGGUUGCUUCACCUUUUCGAGAACAGACUACAUGGGAAGAUUCCAAAGGAGCUUGGAGAGUUGAAGCUGCUUAAGAAUUUGGACUUGUCUAUAAACAACUUGACAGGUAGAAUUCCAUUAGUGUUUCAGAAUCUUGCAUUCUUGGAGAAUUUACAACUUUUUGACAAUCACCUAGAGGGUCCUAUUCCGCGAUUUAUUGGCCUCAAAAGUGACCUCUCUAUAGUGGACCUGUCCAAGAACAAUCUUGAAGGAAGAAUACCUUCAAACCUUUGUCAGUUUCAGAAGUUAACAUUCCUGAGCCUCGGGUCUAACAAGUUGUCGGGCAAUAUCCCUUAUGGCCUAAAGACUUGCAAGUCCCUCGAGCAGCUAAUGCUAGGAGAUAACCUACUCACUGGGAGUUUUUCCGUUGAUCUUAGCAAGUUGCAGAACCUUUCAGCUCUUGAGCUUUUUCACAACAGAUUUUCUGGAUUGCUACCACCAGAGGUAGGCAACCUUAGAAGAUUAGAGAGGUUACUCUUGUCACAUAACGACUUUUUUGGGCAAAUUCCUCCUGAUAUUGGAAAACUUGUGAAGCUUGUUGCUUUUAAUGUUUCCUCCAACCGGCUCUCGGGUGAUAUUCCUCAUGAAUUAGGGAAUUGUAUAAGUCUCCAGAGGCUUGAUCUUAGCAAGAACUCAUUCGCUGGAAAUCUCCCGGAUGAACUUGGCAGGCUAGUGAACUUGGAACUGCUUAAGCUAUCUGAUAAUAAGUUUAGUGGACAGAUACCUGGUGGCUUAGGUGGACUAGCACGACUAACUGAUUUGGAGAUGGGAGGCAAUUUCUUCUCUGGUAGUAUUCCUAUUGAGCUUGGCUACCUUGGAACUCUUCAGAUUUCUCUCAAUCUGAGUCAUAAUGCUCUCAAUGGAUCGAUUCCUAGCAACCUCGGGAAGUUGCAGAUGCUUGAAACAUUGUACUUAAAUGACAACCAGCUCAUUGGUGAGAUUCCAACUUCAAUAGGACAGUUGAUGAGCCUGAUAGUAUGCAAUCUUUCUAACAAUAACCUUGUGGGAUCAGUACCAAACACGCCUGCAUUUAAAAGGAUGGACUCAAGCAACUUUGCUGGAAAUGUUGGGCUAUGCACGUCAGAUUCCCGCCAUUGUGAUCCUUCUCCGGUCCCUUUGAUUGCUUCAAAGUCAAGCUGGUUGAAACACGGUUCUUCAAGGCAAAAAAUAAUUACCGCUGUUUCUGCGACUGUUGGAAUGAUCUCUUUGGUAUUGAUUGUAGUUAUAUGUAGGAUCAUUAGAGACCACAAAGCAGCUUUUGUGUCCGUGGAAAAUCAAGUAAAGCCUGAUGUCUUCAAUGAUCAUUACUUUCCACGGAAAGGGUUCACGUAUCAGGACCUUGUCAAUGCUACUGGAAAUUUCUCAGACAGCGCAAUCAUAGGAAGGGGAGCCUGUGGCACUGUCUACAGAGCUAACAUGGCAGAUGGUGAGUUUGUUGCAGUUAAAAAGUUGAAGCCACAAGGAGAAGCCGCCAGUGUUGACAGCAGCUUCCAGGCUGAAUUAUCUACACUUGGUAAGAUAAAUCACAGAAAUAUUGUCAAGCUAUAUGGUUUCUGCUACCAUCAAGAUUGCAAUCUUCUCUUAUAUGAGUACAUGGUAAAUGGAAGCCUCGGGGAAGCACUUCACGGGAAUAAGACAACUGGUUUACUAAAUUGGAUUAGCAGAUACAAAAUUGCCUUAGGAGCUGCUGAGGGAUUAUGCUAUUUGCACCAUGACUGUAAGCCACAUAUCAUUCACAGGGAUAUAAAAUCGAACAACAUUUUGUUGGAUGAAUUGCUUGAGGCACAUGUUGGAGACUUUGGCUUGGCAAAACUAAUUGACUUCCCUUACUCAAAAUCCAUGUCUGCGGUUGCUGGUUCAUACGGCUACAUUGCCCCUGAAUAUGCAUACACAAUGAAAGUGACAGAGAAAUGCGACAUCUAUAGUUAUGGCGUUGUUUUGUUGGAACUGAUUACUGGUAGGUCUCCAGUUCAACCCCUCGAUCAGGGAGGCGAUUUGGUGACUUGGGUAAGGAGAUCAAUUCAUGAAGGAGUGGCACUAACUGAACUUUUUGACAAUAGGAUGGAUUUUAGUGUUGAAAGAACAAGUGAAGAGAUGUCUCUAGUUCUCAAGAUUGCUAUGUUCUGCACCAAUACAUCCCCUGUCAACAGGCCUACUAUGCGAGAAGUCAUCGCCAUGCUGAUUGAAGCCCGGGAAUCUGUGAUCACUUCACCACCAUCGCCAUCAUCCGAAACUCCUCUAAGUGAAGCUGAUGCUAAUAAAGGUUCUAAUUAAGCAAACAUAGACCAAAAAAAGAAAACUGAAGUUGCAGAAGUUGUGCCUCAUCUGAAGCUGCCAAAUUCUAAUAUAGUUAGAAGCAUCUCAUUAUUCAUGUACACACAACUACCUUUGAUACCAUACUUCCCCUCUAAUAAUUAUUAGUUGGCAUUUCUUAUCUAUUUCUUUUCUAAAUUCUAUCUACUUAUAUGAUCUGUCUGCACAUUAACUGCCUAAUUGGUAUUCAGUUACUAAUCAUUUGGUUA